AUGCACAGACGCUUCUCGAGACGACAUUCCAAGACCAAUUCCACCAGUGCAACUCAAGGUGUGAAUGUCGAUGGUGACAUUGCCCAAUGUUCAAGACGACAAUCAUGGUCUGGUGUCUUCACGCAAUGGCGAGAUAAGACGGCUCGACAUACGCGUAAAGUGUUGCCCAACGUGUCUUCACCCACUUCGCCCCAAACAAGCCUUACUUCUAUGGCGACUACUUUACCCACAUCCAACAGCAGUAACUUGUCUAUCACACCGGUUCCCACAUCAGAGCAUGAUACCUAUAUGAUGCAGCAUCAGCGACAACACGAUUCGGGUGGACGACAUCAUCAUGUCAAGCCGCUGGUUGCUCUGACAAUCAAUUUGCGUGACACAUACUCCCGGCGGAAUUCGGCAUUCCGAUACGAUCCAGCAUUGAAUCCGAAACGAGUGCUCACCAAGCCGAGUGUGGGAUGCAAGAACAACAACUAUGAUAAUGAAAACAGCGACUAUAUCAUUUAUGUCAAUGAUGUUCUCUCCGAUGUGAAUGGUAAAGGGCAAAGAUACAUUGUCAAAGAGAUGCUUGGAUCAGGGACCUUUGGUCAAGUAGUCAAAUGCAGGGUCAUAGAAACGGGUGAACUUGUCAGCGUCAAGAUCAUUAAGAACAAGCCAGCCUACCUGAAACAAAGCCUCAUCGAGGUUGAUAUCCUCAAACAUUUGAACAAUCGAUGGGAUCGCAAUGAUGAGCAUCACAUUCUAAGGCUUCAGGAUACAUUUACGCACAAGAAUCAUCUAUGCUUGGUGUUUGAGCUGCUGUCAGUGAGCCUCUACGACCUGAUCAAGCAAAACAAAUUCCGUGGCCUGUCGACGCAUCUGAUUCGACUCUUUGCAGGGCAAAUCCUUGACGUGCUUGAGAUUUUACGCCUCGCCGAUGUCAUUCAUUGCGACUUGAAACCCGAGAAUAUCUUGCUGGAAACGCUAGAGGCUCCUGAUAUCAAGGUGAUCGACUUUGGGUCAGCAUGUCAUCGAUCGCAACGCAUGUAUACAUACAUUCAAUCUCGGUUCUACCGGUCUCCUGAAGUUCUCAUUGGCAUGAAGUACUCCACCGAAAUAGACAUGUGGUCAUUUGGAUGUAUUGUUGCCGAGCUUUUCCUCGGGUUGCCCAUCUUCCCUGGUAGCUCAGAGUACAACCAAUUAUCACGGAUCAUUGACACACUUGGCAUGCCACCUGAUCGCAUGAUUGAACAUGGGCGACAUUCCGAUCGUUUCUUUGACCACGUAACGGAUGAAGAUAUGAAUCCCUGCUAUCGACUCAAGAGUAUGAAGAAAUACAUGAUGGAUCAGCACAAAAAGGAGAAGCCCAACAAGAAAUACUUUGCGACCACGGAUCUUUCAGAGUUGAUUUUAUCAUAUCCGAUGCCAAGGAAGCACAUGACGCAACCUGAAAAGGACGAAGAAAUGCGAUUAAGGUUGCUAUUGGUAGAUUUUCUUCAAAAGAUACUGCGAAUCGAUCCAUCAGAACGAUUGACACCUGUGGAAGCCAAAUAUCACCCAUUCAUCACUGGUGAAGACGACAAUGGUGAUCCGUCAACAUCAUCUUCAGUGGAGUCUGCUUUUAGUGAGCACCUAUUGCAACGUACAAUGACGGAUGCUUCAAAGAAUACUACAAGUACUCCUUCGGAUAAGGAUAUUGCGAAUUGUUGCAUAUGCAGUGUGGGAAGUGCAAUGAUUGAUCAGCAGCAACCACCACCACUUCAAGACGCACAAGCCAGCAAGGGCAACGGGUUUAGAACGACUCCGCAUAAAAAGAAAGACUCUAUUACUACGCCUCCUCUCUCACCAGAUGGUUUCGAAAACCAAGAUAUGGUUGUAUCAGGGUUAUCCACAGCGACGAAUAUCACUCAGAGCAAUAGCGACAGCAUACUGCAACCCAUGAUCCCGAUUGUACCAUCCAAAAUCCCUAAUGAUCGAUCGAAAUGCCAAUUACGGCGGCGACAACAAACGACGCAACUCUAA